AUGGAAACCACCACUGGGGAAUAUAUGGACGGUUAUGACUAUUAUGAAGACAAUGAAACUGCCUGCGACUACUCUGAGUGGGAGCCCUCCUACUCCCUCAUCCCGGUGCUCUACAUGCUCAUCUUCAUCCUGGGCCUGUCAGGUAACGGCGUAGUCAUCUUCACAGUGUGGAGAUCCAAAUCCAAGCGCCGUGCUGCAGAUGUCUACAUAGGCAACUUGGCCCUGGCCGACCUGACUUUUGUUGUUACCCUGCCUCUGUGGGCUGUGUACACGGCUCUGGGCUACCACUGGCCGUUUGGGGUGGCUCUGUGCAAGAUAAGCAGCUAUGUUGUUCUGGUCAACAUGUAUGCCAGUGUUUUCUGCCUCACCUGCCUCAGCUUUGACCGCUACUUGGCCAUUGUGCACUCCCUGUCCAGCAGCAGGCUGCGCUCUAGAGGCACCAUGCUGGCCUCCCUGGGUGCAAUUUGGUUUCUGUCGGGCCUCCUGGCGGUGCCCACGCUGCUCUUCCGCACCACCGUGAACGACCUGAACAGCAACCGGACCACCUGCGCCAUGGACUUCAGCCUGGUGACCAUAAACCAGAAGCACGACUACCUGUGGAUCGCAGGGCUCAGCCUGUCCUCCUCUGCCUUGGGUUUUCUCCUUCCCUUCUUGGCCAUGACCAUCUUCUACUGUUUCAUCGGCUGCACCGUCACCCGCCACUUCAACAACCUGCGUAAGGAGGACCAGAAGAAAAAGCGGCUGCUGAAGAUCAUCACCACCUUGGUGGUGGUGUUUGCCAUCUGCUGGACUCCCUUCCAUGUGCUGAAGAGCAUGGACGCCCUGUCCUACCUGAACCUGGCUCCGAGCUCCUGCGGCUUCCUGCGCUUCCUCCUGCUGGCUCACCCCUACGCUACCUGCUUGGCCUACGUCAACAGCUGCCUCAACCCAUUCCUGUACGCCUUCUUCGACCUGCGCUUUCGUUCGCAGUGCCUGUGCCUGCUCAACCUGAAGAAGGCCAUGCAUGGUCAGAUGAGCUCCAUGUCGUCCACCCUCAGCGCCCAGACUCAGAAGUCAGAGGUUCAGUCUCUGGCCACCAAGGUUUAG